AUGGGGAACCUAAAUCAUGUUGGAUUGUUCUGUUGUCUUCUUUUUGUGGAAGUGGGUGUCUGUUUGAGUCUGGGGGAUGAAAACGUAUCUGAUUCUUUCCUCCAAGUUCUCAUGAGGAAAUUCCACGAACAAGAUGAAAAGAUCUCCGCAAUAGAAGCAAAUACGAAAUUGGAUCAUAAAGAACUCGUCGGUAAAGUUCUGAGGUUAGAAGAAAUGCUGAAGUACUCGGAUUAUAAACAAAAGACAUUAGAGAAAACGAUAGAAAAUAUGGACAAAAUUAUCAAAGAACUAGAAAUCAGAACACAGACCAAAAAUUUGAAUGACGAACAUUCUCAUGGAAAACACGAACAAGAAAAUUCGAUCUCAGAACCGGUUGCAUAUGCCUUCCAUAAAACCGAUGUUAGCGGAGAUCAGUCAGCUAUUGCAAAAUCAAAGCAGAAGAGAAUUCUUAAUGGAGGGGUGUAUCCCACACAUGUCGUCGCAUUUUAUGCUUAUCUCGGUAAAGCAGAAGGUUCACUUGGUUUGCACCACACAUUGAUAUUUGAUUCAGUAAUAACUAACGUUGGAAGUUCCUACAACCGCCAUGACGGGGUUUUCACGGUUCCAGUCAGCGGGGUUUACGUCUUCAACUGGAAUAUCUACAGUAGUUUCAACGGAAAUAUUGUAACAGAACUGAUGGUAAAUUCAGAUAAAAAGGGAGGUACACGAUCUGAUAGUCAUACUGUGAGAGAAGACCAUAGCUCUAGCGGUUGUGUGGUCGUUGAGAUCAGCCAAAGAGACAUCGUAUUCAUAAGGACACACCCAACAAGUUCCUCAACUGGAUUCAUACUUAGUGACCUUACAUCGUACAUGUCUUCAUUCAGUGGAUGGCUUUUGAAGUGA